AUGGAUGAGUUUACGGUUCCUAUUCUUCACGAGUGGUACCACCAGAACAGUAUCAUCGCCACUCCGGAUCACGGAUUGCUUUACUCUUCGCGGUUCGAUAUGUGCUACAUUCCACCGUUGGCCUCCGGCGAGCAAAUGCCGAAAGUUAAGAUCAUCAACCAUGUACUAUUUUUUCCUUCCGGGCGGACUAUCAAGAGUUUGGCCUGUGCGCCAGACUGGCAGAAGGAGCGAACGUUUGCAGUGUUGGACAGCGCAAACAUUGUGUGCGUGUACGAUCUGGAUCGGGAGGAACCCAUCAAAGGUCAUCGGGCUCAUGUAGCUUCCUUGAACCCCAAGAAGGGCAAAGAUACCGAUCAGCACAAGGCCAUCACAUCUGCCCUGUGUUUUAGCACGAACGGUAAACUGCUGUCCUGCGAUCAUUCUACACUUGUCAUUUACUGCGUGCUGUCGAACCGCUACAAAAUAUAUGGCAAUUUAUUCGACAAAAAGAGCGUCGUAGUGGUACUGACGCGUGUCCCCAAUGAUCCAAGUGUCUACGUUGCCGGAAUGCAGAAUGGGCUGAUACAAAUAUUUACCAUCAAAAAACCAUCGAUUCUUCACUCCCUUCGAAGGCACGGUCAUGAGAUAGUGUCAAUUGAUUUGUUGGCUGUUCCCGUUUUAAGGGAGGAAAAACCGCGGAUUGCAUCUGAUCGAACUGAUCACCAGAAUGCUACUGGUGAUGAGAAAAAAAGUCGCCCAAAAAAGAAGGCACAUAAAAAAGGUAAAACCCCGACCGCAGACACGUCAGACUUUCUGGACAUUUACAAUUUCGACGACAAUCAGGAUGAGUUUGGAGCUGGAAUUGAUCGUGACACGAAGGACUUAAAGCAAGAUAAAUUUCGCGAUAAGAACAAAACGAUGGAGGGGUUCAACUUUCUGGAGGCAUGUCAAAACCUUAAAGAAGAUAUACUGAAAGCGGCCACUCGCCGUAAUCAGGAUGAAAGCGAGAGCGAUGAUGAAGGGGAAGAAGAGCACACUCCAGAGUUUAACACGGAUGACGAAAAUGAGUUGGAUGACUGUGAACAACAGAGGGACUGUGGCCGCGUGAGUGGUGAUGAUGGCGAUAAGCACGAGGGCGAGCUGUCCGAUGAUUCUGAAGAUGAUAACUAUGAGCGUAAGCUCAUAAUCGUUAGCGGAAGCCGCGAACAAAAUAUUUUUUUCUGGGAUUACGAAACAGGAUUACCCAUUGGCAAAGUAGUUGUCCAAGCGGAUACACCGAAGCGACUCUGUAACACGAUCUUCACGAAUGCCGUCUGGCUUGAUGAGCGACACAUUGUGGCCAACACGUCCUCCGGGAGCGUCGUGGAAUGGAAGGUGGAAGCGUAUCGCAAGAACAAUUUCGUAAACCUGCGAACCGUAUUGAAUCCGCAACCCUAUCCGGUGGAUAAAAUAUUUCACGUUAUUCGCGCUAAUUCGAGCGAUGGCCGGUAUGUGUGGUGCUCUUCAAUAAACCGAAAGUUGAUCUGUUUACGGGUUGUCGAAAAUGAGGCACCCUCGGUGGCUCGCGAUUAUUCGUGCGUCGUUCCCAAAAAUCGAUGCUUGGUCGAAAGUCCGAUUGAAUCGAUGGUGAUUGCCGUGGCUUCUAGUGCCCCGAGAAUUGCGGUUACUAAUCUGAUGAACCUUCAGCCAGAUUGUAUUCCCAUCAAACACUUUUCGAACAACAUUGGCAACAUAGUGACGGCGCUGGCGUGGCACCCGGAGGAAGAGGAGAAGCUGGCUUUCGGAACGUGCGAUGGACGUGUAGGCAUUCUGAAUACUGAAAGUGUUACUAACGGUCCAAUUUUGCUGAAUGCGUUCAUCAACAAGGACGUCUACGCCUUGUGCUGGGGCUACCUGACCGACGAUAAAAAUCAACGACAGCUAGCACUCUUUGCGUCGGGAAAAACGGAAUUGGCUUACUAUUACUUGUCGGGUCCAGGAAAAUUCAAGCCCAUCGUGUGCAAACAGUUCGGAAAAGUAUCCAAUGUAAACAUCGUCGGAAAAUUGUGCUUUAUUGGGACCCAGGAAGGAGAAGCUUUCGUUACGGACUUGGAUCAUAAUAUGGCAACACUCUUCCGUGGCCAUGUUACAACUCCGAUGCGUUACAUCACCUCACUCGAGUACAAGGGCGACCUGUUGGCCGUGGGGUCCAGUUGUUUGAAAAUAUCUUUGGUUGAUUUCAGUAAAGGAUUCCAUGAUUGUGGCGAAAAAAACAUUACAACCCUUGAAGGACAUGAAGACACGAUCUGUCAAUUGAGGUGGAGUCGCGGAGAUACAAUGCGGCUGGUGAGCGCUAGCUUCGAUAAAACGGUCCGUGUUUGGGAUGCACCGUCAUCGACGUGUCUGAAAGUGUACAAUACGGGCAGCUUCACAUAUAGUGCCAUGUUUUCGCCGCUGGACGAAAACAUCAUCAUUUACGUGGCCGCAUAUUCAUCGCUGGCAUUUUUUGAUUACACAAAAGACCACCCCAGGCAGAAAGAAGUCAAAAUCGAGACGAGUGCUUCGAGAAAGUCCAAAAACUCGACUGCGCCGAAAAUUCAAAUUCCUUGGGCUCGCUCAGAAGACGUAGAGCCUGCAAAGCCCAAAACAUUCGAAGACACAAAAGCGCCAUCAAGCGUGACCGCUUCCGACGGCACUGGGACAGGUAACGCUGAAGAGAUCGCAAAGAGCACGAACGAUGCAAUCGAUGAUUUGGCUGACAAAGUACAGCAGGUUACCCUUAAGGCCAAAAAAGCUCGGCAUUUGCCGGUGAAGGAGGUAACAACGUUCUCUCUUGCAUAUCGUGAAGCCAACAAACCGAAGGAAACUUUGGCAUGCAUUGUCAAAAUGCUACACACCGUUGAGCCACCACCAACUGAUCCGUUGGAAAGUAAUCAAAACGGUGACAGUGAAAUCGAAGAUUCCGACAUAGAAAACGAGAAUGACGUGAAAAAGGAGAGCGUGGAAGAGCCUAGCAUUGAAAAAGUGUCCACGAUCGAUUCGCGAGUGGAAGAUGGUCCCGUGUAUUACAACGAAAAACUGUUUUCUACGGAAGAAAAGCUGAAGCAGCUGAUUGAGGAAGAAGUAAAACACAGUAUGGCAUCGAAAAAGUAUUCGAUUGGAUUCGUAAUGCUGCCGCAUUUACUGCACAAGCUCAAGGACACAAUACUGGAACGUAUCGCUAAGAAAGACCUCACAAUCGAUCUUCUAGCCCUCGCACCGUACAUUUCGCAUAUCUUCUGGCGGCAAUGCUGUCAAGCGUACGGCUAUCAGUUAAUAGAGAAUGGAAAUUCACUGGCCUCUGUACCGUAUUUUCUGGCAAGCCACAAUGUGGACGAUGCGAUCGAAACACUUUGCGAUGGCAAGUAUUACCGAGAAGCAUGGGCCAUUUGCCGCCUACAGAAAAUGCCCGACGAUCCCAUCAAUGAAAAGUUAGCGACCGACUGGGCGGAAUAUCUAGAAUCCGUCGGCAAUCUGGAAGCUGCUGCGUUAGUAUGGACUGGUGUUAAGAAAUACGAAAAUGCCACCAAGGCACUGUUGAAACGUAAGGAGCUUUCUAAAAAUAUUCUACAAACGAUAGAUGAGCUGCAUGUGAAAAUUCAAGAAGCAAAAUCUACUAAGGAAAAGUAACUCAAGUGUGUUUAAAGUAUGUAUGAAUUCCAUCAUUUCGUCGGUUUUUAUGUCACACCUUUCAGGCACUACAUACCGACAUUUGUAACAAAAAUCGCGUUUCGCACGAACACUCUACAAUGAAAUAAAUACUGAGUU